GCCAGAAGAAUAGAGGCUGAGACCAACCCAGAAACCUCCAGCUCUCACUCUGCAGCUCGCCGCCUCCUCAGCCUCUACCAUGAAGGUCUCUGCAGCACUUCUGUGCCUGCUGCUCACAGCAGCUGCCUUCAGCCCCCCGGUACUUGCUCAACCAGAGGGAGUUAAUUCCCCUAGGACCUGCUGCUAUGAAUUCAACAAUAAGAAGAUCCCAAUGCAGAGGCUGAAGAGCUAUAGUAGAGUGAACACCAACUGUCCUAAAGAAGCUGUGAUCUUCAAGACAAAAUUGGACAAGCAGGUCUGUGCUGACCCCAAGCAGAAGUGGGUCCAGGACUACAUUGCCUACCUGGACAAGAAAAUGCAGACAACAACGCCUUUACCCCUCAGUACCCUAGCAACUGUAACUAAUGCAUCUAUCUCUAAUGUUUCCCUGGCACCCUCUGUUUAAUACAAUUUUCUGAGUAUGAACUUUGUUUAUUGAUAUGAACUAUAAGGUCUUAAAUAAUGUUAAUUUUAUUUAAGUUAUUGACGUUUUAAGUUUAUCUCUCAUGAAUACUGGUAAUUUUUAGAUACAGAGACUUAAGCAAAUUGCUUUCCCUCUGCGAACUUAGAUUUCAACUCUGGGAUGUCAUGACAGUUAUUGCAAGGAUCAUUCAUGCAGAUAUUUUUUGUUCUUGAAUACCAAAGCAUUGUUAAAAAUACUGUGGAAAUGAAUAUUGUGUAACUAUUGAAUAAAACAUAUAUUUUUGUAUAAAA